GAGAUAAGAGCUACUAGUGUCUGAUAUGAAGAUGUGCUCCAUGUUGUAAUUAGUGUUUAACAUUCAGCCCAGCCAGAGCUAUACCGCUCUGCACGCUUGGACACGUGUCUGUAAGAUAUGGACGCGAAACGGAUUAUAAUAGGCGGAGUGGUAACGGUGUACGUGGUGGUGACUGUCUCCCUCAUGGCCGUGCUCUUCCAAGACCAAGACCUGUCUUGUGACGCCAAGUACCCACGACGGCCGCUGCUGCUCCUCUCCCUGGACGGGUUCAGGGCAGACUACCUCAGACGUGGCUUGACGCCGACGCUGCAGGCGCUGGCCGAGCGGGGCGUGAAGGUGCCCUACAUGAACCCAUCCUACCCGACCCUCACCUUCCCCAACCACUACACCAUCGUCACGGGCUUGUACCCGGAGUCUCACGGCAUCAUCGCUAACUCAUUCUUCGAUCCUGAGUUUAAUAAGAGCUUCUCCAUGUCCUCCAGCGAGCCUGAGUGGUGGGGCGGGGACCCCAUAUGGAACACCGUCAAAAGGAAGGGCAAGAAGAGCGCGGCGUAUUUCUGGCCUGGGUCAGACCACAACAUCAACGGCUCCUACCCUAACUACUGGUUCCCUUACGACGGUUCAGUCAACUAUACUGAUCGCGUCGACAAGGUACUUGACUGGUUGACUUACUCGCUGGACUCCAGGCCGGACUUUAUCUGCUUCUACCUUGACGAGCCAGACCACCAUGGACAUGGGUCUGGACCUAACUCUGAAGCGGUGAACACACAGUUGGAGAGAGUAGACGCCAUGGUGAAGAGGCUGCUGGAGGGUAUGGAUAGAGAGGGGAUCACCUCUUGCGUCAACAUGAUCAUCCUGGCCGACCACGGGAUGGCAGCCGCCGGCCCGCGCAGGGUUAUAGACCUUGUCGACUAUAUCAGUGAUAUUAAAAAGGCUUCCUAUUCUUACGAAGGCGCUUUCUCCAGGAUAGACCCGAAGAAUGACAGCGAGGAAGUGAAGAUGGCGAUGAUGAAGAAGCUGUCGUGUCAGAGGAAGGAGAUGCGGGUGUACCCCAGGGAGGGCCUCCCCACCAGGUUCCAUUUCUCCAACAACCGUCGCAUCGAACCCAUAGUUCUUGACCUCGACCCAGGCUUCGUCACUAAAAUCUACUCUACAUAUUCCCUCGAGGGUCAGCACGGCUAUGACUCCCACUACAGGACCAUGAAUGCACUGUUCAUAGCGUCUGGGCCGGACUUCAAGACGCAGAUGGAGGCCGAACCCUUCCAGAACAUCGAGCUGUACAACCUCAUGUGUUACCUGACGGGUGUCGAACCCUCCGCCAACAACGGCACCCUCGGCUCCCUCUACCACAUCCUCGCCAACCCUCCGCCAGCGCCACAACUUCCUACCGAGGAGAAGCCGCCGACGUCUCUUUACCCGACCACGGACGUGACACCUCUGCUACACAUAUCCGGCUGUCCUGGUGACCUCACAACCCCUCAGUCGUGGCUGGAGUUGUUGGGGCUGAACGAGGAAGAGCGGAACAAGACGGAGAUGCUCCACCUUCCCUGGGGCAUCCCUCACUCCUCACCUCUCCCAGCCUCCCUCACUCUCCUCCACCACCAGGACCACGUCACAGGGUACUCUCAGACGCUCAAGAUGCCACUAUGGACCAGCUUCAGCGUGAGGCAACAGUGGGAUAACGCAACAUGGCCGUGGUCGAGUGAUGUGCGUCUCACCAACACCACCACACCCACCUGUACUGACUACCAACAGCUGGACACGAGCAACAUCUCCAUGUACCCUCUCUUCCCUCCAGGCUUCUCCUGGAACACUUCUGUACCUCAAAUACCGUUCCUGGUGAGCAACGCGGUGCCGGCCUCGAAGCAGCUGAUAUACCGGUGGGAGGCGCUGCUGCAGGAGCUGGUGCCGGCCUGGCUGGCUCUCUACGGGCCCCUCAACCUGGUGCUGGGACCCGUCUUCGACAACAACGCUGACUCCCUCCCCGACGACUUCCACAACUUCAUCAAGAUUCCAGAGGUACCAUCUGACCUGUUCGCUGUGGUAACCCGCUGCAAGAUAUAUGCGACCUCGCUUGACCUUUGCUCUCCCGGUGACCUCGACGCUGCUUCUUUCAUUGUCCCAAUGGAUGAGUCCGUCUCCAACAAUCUGAGUAAUGCAGACUACCUGACGGAGUUCAGCGCCAAGGUUCACGACGUGGAGUUGGUCACGGGACUCACCUUCUUCCCCGACCUCGACUUCCAGACCCGCAACUCUCUUGUACUUCGGAUGCUCCCGCACCUCUGGCCCCUACACUGAACCUACACUCACAGCUCUGUCCCCUACACUGACUCUACACUCACAGCUCUGGCCCCUACACUGACUCUACACUCACAGCUCUGGCCCCUACACUGACUCUACACUCACAGCUCUGGCCCCUACACUGACUCUACACUCACAGCUGUGGCCCUCAGGACUUCUCCUGGUGAGGGGUCACAGAGGCAGUCACUACCUUUGUGUGUUCAAGGUUCUCGCAAGCCGCUGAGAAGUUGAUUGUUAUAUUCACACUAUUAUGAACAUGGUUAUGUUAGUGUCACAUCACCUCAUCCUACAUAGAGUGUAUAUACCGGUACUUGUGCUAAUUUGUGUCCAUUUACCCUCUGCUUCAUGUUGAGUCUCAACGACUCACCUGUCAUUUACCCACACUCCUCAGGUCCAAUAAAAUUAUAAAAUGAA